AUGCUCAAUGACGAGGAGCCUCAGGAAGAACCCUCAAUAGAUGUCGAUAUGGAGGAAGCACAGGACGAACAAAAGGCCACGACACAGGACCAGGAAGAGGACAUCGAUAAUGACGAUAGUGAAAAUGAUCUAGAACUGCAAAACGAUCGGGAAAGUAGCGACGAUGAAGCAGAUGUUGAGGAUGAUGAAGAUCAGGAGCUGAGGUCAAAUGCCCGGUCAACUUCGCAGAAGGAGGCGCAUACAUCCGAUCGGGUUCAGAAGGUUCUGAGCAAUCCAGAGAUUGAGGCAGCAUUUCAGGACAAGUACAUGACCCAGAUUACACAAGCAUUCGGAGACGAGCUCAACACGCUACGCGAAACGGACUCUUUGGAGGGUGCCCAGCUGGAACUGCUGAUUGACUCCUUGAACCAGACGGGACACAUCUACAGAGUGAUGGAGAAGGAGCUCUGGACGAACAGACCCCACUCAUAUCCAGCAACCGCGACGUCGACCGCUCCAACAGCAGACGCAGUAGAAACCAAGAACCCUACUACAUAUCUCCUCUCAGCAACAGCAGCGCCCUCGAUCUCCUGCCUCAACCCCAACGACUACAACCGCUGCACCAACACCUCGACAGAGCUCGACGACAUGAACAAGCACACGCCAUCACGCCACGACACUGGCUGGUCCUCCUCCUUGCUUGCCUUGAAUGUCCAGCUGGGAGAAUGGCUCGGGGACGACUAUGCAACACAUCAAUAUCACAUCAACCUCCUCUACUCUGUCUACUCACUCCCCAAUAUUGUCCUUCCACUAUUCGGAGGUUAUCUCAUCGAUCGACUCUCAGCCUCCAGGGUUCUCAUUCUGUUCAGUCUUUGUGUCUGCGCAGGGCAGGGGCUCUUUGCUAUCGGAGUCUCUGCAAAGUCGAUCUGGAUGAUGGUCCUUGGACGAUUCAUUUUCGGGAUCGGAGGUGAGUGUCUGGAGGUCGCACAGGCCAAGAUCACCACAGAUUGGUUCAAGUCCCGAUGGUUGGGAUUCGCCUUGGGAUUGAACUUGUCUUCUGCCAGGAUCGGAACCGCAUUGAACGACAACAUUUCGCCGGCUAUCGCAGCUCAUGGAGGAGGUGUUGUGGGCGCCAGCUGGGUUGGUGUUCUGGUAUGCGCCAUCAGUUUGUUCUGUGGAAUUGCACUUGCUUAUCUGGAUCGACCAGAGUCUCGAAAGGAGUCGGGUGUACGACUGGAUGCCAGGGAUCGCAACAAGGACGCGAUCCGUUCGAGGAAGGACAACAUUGUCGGUCGUCAAGCGAUCAAUAUCUCUUCCGACUCGACCAUGACGAUGUCCUCGGUCGCACUGCAGGAGGAGGAAGAGAUUGAGAAGGAAAAUGAGAUGGCAGAGGACGAUGAGAUGCACUAUUCAGAGAUAUUUACUCUUCAGCCAAACUUUUGGAUUCUCUCACUCAUUUGUAUCUCGCUCUAUGGUAUGUUUUGA